AGUCGCGAGCCAAACUCCGCCUCCGUCCACACAUCAUCUCUUCCUCGCGGGCAGCAGAAACCUCUGAAGGCGGGCGCCGAGGACGCGUUCACAACGAGCAACAAAAGAAGAAGACCCCGCUCGGAGCAGAACCGCGACUCCAUUCAAAAUGGGGGAAAUAAGGGUUCCGCGGAAUAUGUUUCUCUGGAGUAUGGCCAUUGUUUACAUGUUGGCUUUCUCUUCCCUUUACGUCCAGCUUCCAGGUCUCCACGGCAACGGUGGGGUCUCCCCUGUGCGUCCCGCCGAGCCCCCCGGACUGACCGGCCUCCCGCUGCUGGACCUGCUGCUGGCGUCCCCCCGCACGGUGCUGCUGGACCUGGCCCGGGCCUGGGGCGCCGACCCCCCCCAGGCGCUGGAGCUGGUCUGCCUGGCGGGGGCCCUGCUGGCCCUGGGGGCGGCCACCCUGGCCCCGCUCAGAGGCAGCCUGGUCUUCUUGGCCCUCUGGUGCCUGUACUGCUCACUAAGCCAGGUUGGCAGAGGCCUGCUGAGCUCUCCAUGGGACGGUCUCCUGCUGGAGGCGGGCUUCCUGGCCGUGCUGGUGGCUCCCCUCAGCCUGCUGGGACGCCAGGUGUCCUCCGGGCGCCACGACCCCAUGACCUUCUGGCUGACGCGCUGGCUGCUCUUCCGUCUCACCUUCGGCUCCGGCGUGGCCAAGCUGGCCGGGCACAGCGCCCCCUGGUGGAACCUCAGUGCGGUGAGCCACAUGCUGGAGAGCCAGGCCAGCCCCACUGCCCUGGCCUGGUGGGCCGCCCAGCUGCCGUCCUGGGUACUGCGGCUGGGCACCGUGGGGGUCCUCGUGUCCCAGGUCUUGGUGCCCCUGCUGUACUUCGCCCCGAUCCGCUGCCUGCGCAUCACGGCCUUCUACGUCCAGUUGGUGCACCAGCUCCUGUCCGCGCUCACAGGCAACCUGACGGUGCUGAACCUGCUGACGGUGGCGCUGGGCUUCUCUCUGCUGGACACGGAGCACACCAUGAGCAAGAAGAAGAGAUCAGCCAAGACCUGGGGCCAGACGCUGGUCUGGGUGCUGACCCUCCUGGUAGAGCUGGGGGUGUACGUCCUGAUCAUCUACAGCGCCACACGCCUCUUCCAGAUCGACGUGGACUGGGAGGCCAGGACCGUCUCCUCUAAAACAGCCUUCACCCAGCAGCAGUUUGGGGACGUGCUUCGGACCACCAUGGGCUCGACCGUCUGGAUCGCAGUGCUCUCCCUCACCUGGGAGGUGGUGGGGGCGCUGCUGAGCUCGCUCUGUGUGAGAGGAUUCUUCUGGAAGCUCUGGGCCCUCGUCCAAUGGGCGGUCUUCGCCGCAGCCACAGUAGCGAUGUUUGCCGUCAGUGUGGUCCCGUACACCUCCAUGGAGCCCUGGUCCAGCAGCAAGGUGCUCCCGGUGGUGAAGAGGGCCCACGAGUGGGUGAAGCCCUACCAGCUGGUGAGCAGCUACGCCCUGGACCGCCAGCUGGCCGCGGGCCGCGGGAGGCCGGAGCUGGUCCUGGAGGGCAGCAUGGACCAGCACACCUGGACGGAGAUCCAUUGGAUGUACAAGCCAGGCAACGUGAGCGCGCCGCCCCCACUGGUGGCCCCCUACGAGGCCCGUCUCGACUGGCAGAUGUGGAGGGCUGCUCGGGGACAGGCCCAGGAAAGCCCCUGGUUCUGCGGCCUAGUGCUGGGCCUUCUGCAGGGCAACAAGAACGUGGAGAGGCUGCUCCAGACUGAGCCGUCCCAGUAUGCGUUCAGCGAGGAGCCUCCAGCCUACCUCAGAGCGACACUCUACCAGUACCAGUUCACCCAGCAGGACCCUGACGGAUCUGGUCCCAAACAGUGGUGGCGUAGAGACUUUGUGAAGGACUUCUGUCCCAUAGUGUAUUUGGGUGACCCGGAUCUGCAGGCUAUGCUGAGUCUGCAUGGACUGGAUGAGUCGCCCCCGUCCGGCCUGUCACACUCCCCGCUGGCCCGGCUCCUGGCCCUCCUCAGGGGCCACCUGGAGACGCUGCCGGGCCCCCACGUGCAGUGGGCUCUCCUGGCCACCGUGGCCACCAUCUGCGUCCUCAAGUGCCUGCUGUCGAGGGGCCCCGGCGGUCGCGCCUGCGCGGCCCCCCCGGCGGAACCCAAGUCCAAGAAGGCCAAGACCCCGGCGGCCCCCGCGUCGAAGACCCCCGCGGGGCCCCCGCCGGCGGCGGGGGCCCCGCGGGCCCCGGCCGUGGAGAGGAGGCCGGAGGUGGAGCAGAGCCCCAGGAGGAGGAGGAAGUGACGUCGCUCGGGCGAGACUCUUGGACCUUGCCGUGGCUUCCGGCCGUCCCUGGAUGCCGUUGGAUGGAUUUUUUUUUUUUUAGAACACCACAAAAAAAUCUCAGGUUUCGGUCGUGCUGUCGUCGCGCUUAGUCGUCGUUUUUUUUUUUUUUUUUUUUUAGUUUUGUGUUUUUUCUUUUUUGUCGUGUGUUCGUAACUGCCAAAUUAUUGCCCUUCCUGCUGCACCCUGUACUACCUUUUUGCGAUGAUCUAUCGAUGCGCUUUUUGAGAUGUUUUUCUGCUGCCGUAUUUUUAAAGCUGAAGUCACCUGCCUUCGUGUUGGCUCCCCUGGGGUUCGGUGAUCUCUGACGCUGUGCAGCUCUUGGUCGCCACCUCCGCUAAAACCCCUUCGGACGUUUUUACUAAACGUACCGUUUUAGUAUAGGUCAUGACCCAUUGUACCGGGACAAAAUAUCGAUUGGAGAGCGGGCCAAAAUCUGGUGUGUUAUCAUUUCUAAUGGCCUCACAGCAAUGCCAAUCCCGGUAGGAUUAGCGGAUGGAUGGAUUGUUGUUCUGUGCUUUCGGCGUUUGAGAAAUGCAGGACUCAGGGAUUGGUGUUUCUGGGCUCUGUAUCUGGCUGUUUGAAAUAUCUGAAGUACUGUUUGCUGUGUUGCGUCAUCGUCUCUUACUAUUGACAAUGUUCGCGGUACACUACACACUUCUCCCUGUAUUGCUGCCAACGUCUACUUGUACCUGCCAGGUUAGUGCAGCGUCUGCAUUAAAGCUCGGAGAGAUGAUAUCAGAACAUGCGUGUGUGCACAGAUGUGUAGAGAGAGAGAUCGAGGAGUGGUUUAAACUUGGAUUCCACUGUUCCACUUGUUGUACCAACGGUUGCCUUUUUUGCGAUGAUUUUGUCUUUUCUUUCUUUCUUUUAAUUUGCAAGAAACACUGCAUGAAAAAUGUUGAGUUCACUACUCCCCAAAGUACAAAGUAUUUCAACUUGCAUAGUUUUUAUGAAGCGAUGCAUGAAACUAAUGUUUAAUAUAUAAAGUGAGUGACUGACUGAUUUAUAUAAUUAGUACAAAUUAGGGAGUUCCAAUUCAAGUUCAAUUGGUGACUCAACAUAGUUCUGCUCAAUGUGUGUAUUUUUUUUUUUAAAUGCGAGCAAAGCCCCCUGUUGAUUCUCUAAGUCACCAUUUAUCAAACCAACAGAAUUUGCAGUAAACAAAUCACAUUUCAAGUCAAACAGGCUGUACCCGCCACUGAUUGAAAACUCGCCCCCUGCCCAUUGGGCAGUUUAACUUUAUAUAUUUAGGCUUAUUAAUCUAGCUCUAUUGUUCCCUGACUUAAAAGAGUUUUCUAAAGGCUGCUCUAAAUCAUGAAGUUUGUGUGUGUUAUGUAAUAAAAAGCGGCCCACAGUUUUAUUUUUAUCUGUAUGGAGCACAAUAAAAGUUGAUUUAUUAAUUUCA